UCCACCUCCUCCGCCUCCUCGGCCACCUCCCCCUCCACCUCCGCCACCUCCGCCUCUUCCACCUCCUCCCGCCUCCUCCGCCUCCUCCGCCUCCCCACCUCCUCCACCUCCCCCGCCACCCCACCUCCCCCGCCACCUCCGCCUCCCCCGCCUCCCCCGCCACCUCCGCCUCCCCCGCCACCUCCACCUCCUCCGCCACCCCCGCCACCUCCACCUCCCCCGCCACCCCCACCUCCUCCACCUCCCCCGCCUCCUCCACCUCCCCCUCCACCUCCGCCACCUCCGCCUCUUCCGCCUCCUCCACCUCCUCCGCCUCCUCCGCCUCCCCCACCUCCUCCACCUCCCCCGCCACCUCCACCUCCCCCGCCACCUCCGCCUCCCCCGCCUCCCCCGCCACCUUCCUCCACCUCCCCCACCACCUCCGCCACCUCCGCCUCCUCCGCCUCCCCCGCCUCCUCCACCUCCUCCGCCACCUCCUCCACCUCCCCCGCCACCCCCGCCUCCUCCACCUCGACCACCUCCUCCCCCUCCUCCGCCACCUCCACCUCCUCCGCCUCCCCCGCCACCUCCACCUCCUCCGCCACCCCCGCCACCUCCACCUCCCCCGCCACCCCCACCUCCUCCACCUCCCCCGCCUCCUCCAUCCCCCUCCACCUCCGCCACCUCCACCUCCUCGCCUCCUCCACCUCCUCCACCUCCUCCGCCUCCGCCGCCUCCCCCACCUCCUCCACCUCCCCCGCCACCUCCACCUCCCCCGCCUCCCCCGACUACAACAUCCACCACGCCACCUCCGGUUUGCCCCGAUACUCCACCAACUGCUGA